UUCAGUAAUGAUGGCGUAUUUGGGGAAGAAGUGUUUUCUAUUUUAAAUAUUGAAUUUUGUGUAGUUGUGUAAAGUGAAAACAAAGUGUUUUUAAUGCCGUACCGCAGGCGCUUUCCGGUUAAGAUGCAGGAUUACGAGGACGACGUCACCGUCGUCGAUGUGUACGAUCUUGCAUCGGAUAUUGGUAAAGAAUGUGAGAUAAUUAUUGAAAAAUACGGCCCUGACGCCGUUACAGCUUUGCUGCCGAAGGUAAUAAACACACUGGAACUCCUGGAAAACUUAGCCGUCAGGAAUGAGAAGGAAAAUCAAGCGUUACAGGAGCUAACAGCAAAAAUUUCGCAGUUGGAAAACGACAAGAUUGAAAAGGCUGAAUACAGACAACGGUUCGAAAAGGAAAUCGAAGCUAUAGAAGAGCAAUGGCGAACCGAAUCGGCCGAGUUAGUAACGGCCGUGGCGAGACUUCAGGACGAGAACAAGCGUCUCCGGCGAACAAUAAACGCGCCUGCGGACGGUACAAGCGCACCGCCGUCUCCGGCACGUGAACACGAUCAAGAAGUGCUGUCGCGACUGAGCAGCACCGCGGAGAAACAGCGUGCCACUCUACGUCUCCAAGAAGUGCAACUACAAGAAAAACAACAGCAGAUCGAUAGCCUGACAAACCAGCUAGCCCAGGUCAGUCGGGAUCUCAGGCGGAAGUACAAGCAGCUACAGAAUCAGAUGCGGCUCGUGUGCGAGGAGCGUUCGGAGCUGACUGCCAUCGUACAAUCGCAGCAACGGGACAUAUCCGCGUUACAGCAAACUAAAGCGCAACAAAAGAAAUGCGCAACAUGCGGCUCUGCGUCCCCCGAAGCUCCGGACGAGGAAGAUCAAUCGACGAAAGCUUCAUACAGCGCGAUACUGCACGAGCGGAAUGAGCUCCAGCUUAAAUUGAACCGCGCUGAAGAACAGAUCCGGGCUCUGCAGAUCGAUCCGCAGCCAGACAGUAGCGGUUCAGACUCGUCGCCGUUGCUGAGCUCAGCGGCGCCCGACGAGGAGCCGCCCGUGCAGGGUCCGCUGCCCGCGGAGCCCGACGACGCCCCAUGGAAACGACGCGGUGGCAUCAGGAAGUUGUGCGAGUUGCUGUUCCACAUUAAGAACCAAGGUCGUCGCUCGCCACCGCCACGGAUCUCUUUCGGCCCUUGGUACUAAAGCCACGGACGCGGAGUUUUCGCAAGUUCCUUGCUGAGUGUGAUAUCUCCGUGGGAUCGUUCCCGCGUCGUUCACUUUCCACGUUCGGUGGCAAGGCUACCUCGACCCCCGGCUCCGCCCCCGCCCC